CCCGUCUCUCCGCCAGCUGAGGAGGGAGGGUCAACAUGGCGUCCGAGCAGGAAAGCUCCAAUGGGCCUGUUAAGAAGUCCAUGCGAGAGAAGGCCAUAGAAAGACGCAACAUUAACAAGGAACACAACAGUAACUUCAAAGCUGGCUACGUGCCCAUUGAAGAGGAGCGUCUUCAUAAGACAGGGUUAAGAGGACGCAAGGGAAACAUGGCUGUUUGCAUCAUCGUUCUCCUCUUCCUCCUUGCCUUAAUUAACCUCAUUAUCACACUGGUGAUAUGGACAGUGAUCCGCAUCGGCCCAAAUGGCUGCGACAGUAUGGAGUUCCACGAGAGUGGCCUGUUGCGCUUCAAGCAGAAAGCAGACAUGGGCAUCGUUCACCCACUGCACAAGAGCACAGUAGGAGGCCGUAAAGAUCAGGACCUAGUCAUAGUUGGAAACAACAACCCGGUAGUAUUCCAGCAAGGCUCCACCAAGCUGAGUGUAGAAAAAGACAAGACCUCAGUCGUCAGUGACGUUGGCAUAUCCUUCACAGACCCUCGGACACAGAACACUUACUUCAGUACAGACUUUGAAAACCACGAGUUCCAUCUGCCCAAAGGAGUCAAAGUCCUGAGUGUUAAAAAGGCUUCCACAGAAAGGAUCACAAGUAGUGCAUCAUCUGACCUGAACAUUAAGGGAGACAGCAAGGCCAUCAUUCGUGGUAAUGAGGGGGUGAACAUCAUGGGCCGGACUGUGGAGUUCAAAAUGGGCGGCGACAUUGAGCUCAGGGCUGAGAACAGCAUCGUUCUUAACGGAUCUGUCAUGUUCAAUGCUACGCGCAUCCCAUCUGCAGGAGACUUGUAUUUAAAUGACGGUCUGGAGAGGUACAAGCUCUGCAUGUGUGAAGAUGGGACUCUGUUCCGUGUGCUGGUGAAAUUCCCCAACAUGGGCUGCCAGACGUCAGACAACCCAUGUAAAAAAGCCCACUAGGACUGAGGUGCUGUAGGCACUGAAACCUGACAAACCACUUGCAAAUAUGUGUAUUUUGGAUAGUGUGUAGUUGCAAAGUUAUGGAUAUCUUUAACAGCUUGCAAACAUCAAAUUCAGGUGGACUGUCUGAGUGCCAAACAGACUGUGUUACAGAUUAUCGCCACUUGGCCAAAGAUAUCAAUUGUAAGUACUUCUAUUCCUCUGCAGAAUUGCCAACCAUUAUCUAAAAUUCACACCGCCUCACCAUUGCACACGACCGUUAUGCUUAAGAAUGAUAAAAUGUUUUAUGUUGCCUGUAUGUAGACACUAGAAACUAAAGUUUUGUUUGUUUUUUUUGCCUUAUGGUUGACUAUCACUAAUACACAAUCCUUACAGAGGGCUUGUAUAAAAUGUUAUUUGAUGUUGACUGUUUCUGGCAGCUGUAUAUUUUCUGUCAAUGUAACUGACACGUGAGAGGCAACAUAAUAAUACUGAUGUCUGAAUAUGAGAUAACUUAUACAUAAAAUACAUUUUAGGUCCACCAUUAUGCUAAAGCAAAGCAGUUCUGUUUCUUCACAUCUUGGACUGAAUAAAAUGUAUUGCCAACGGAUUUAAAGGGAUGAUAUAUAUCAUGAUAUAUUUAUUCAAAUUUUGUUGCAAAAGCAGCUUUUACAGUGAUAAAAUACAGUACUGUAAAUCAGUAAGUGUGCAAGUAAUGCUACACAUAAAUCUCUUUAAGUGUAGAGAGUUGAAAUGGUUUGAAUUUUGUGCAAUAAGGUAAACAAUAUUUGACUUUUGCUUUGGAUUUUCUUGUCUGUUAUAUGACAAUAUUGAUGUUGAGAGUGUUUGUUGUGUUUCUUGGAGCUCAGACUUGAUGCCUUUCUGACAGAGCUGUGUUUUUGAUCACCUCCAUGGAAGUGCAUUUCUAUCAUUCUCACUUAAAAAUUCGUCCAACAUGUCACUGGUAUGUUUGUUUCAAUAAAGAAACUUGUUACCAUGUGAAAA